UGCACGUGAGGUUUUGAAGUACUUCUUCAGGAUGGAUCUUCCGUGCGUCCAGUGGCAAGAUUACGUCGCGCAGAAGUGGAUCGGGCUGGAUCCCGACUUAAAGGAGCGUUUUACGUCCCUGAGUCAAAUAGAUGAUGUUUUUAAAUGCGCCCUAACUCUGACAACCCAAAAUGAUCUGGACUUUGUGCAGUGCAUGUCAGCAGGAUACUCUGUACAGAAGGACCCAGAGAAAGCAACAACAUGCAGGGAGAGGGGUAAUGCUAGUUUCCAGACCAGAGACUACAUUGCAGCUGCUCUGCAUUACUCGCAGGGCAUAUGUUUUGCUCCCCAAAGUUUGGAGCAGCUGUCUUUGUGCUAUGCCAACCGCUCUGCUGCGCUCUUCCGUCUGCAGCACUACCAGGAAUGUCUUGCUGACAUUGACAAAGCCCUAAAGUAUGGCUACCCCUCUCAUCUUGUACACAAACUAGAGGACCGCCGCACACAGUGUCUCAAACACCUCUCUGUGGGUCAAAAAGCAAAACUGGAUCAUCACAAUCCUGCCUCAAAGAACCAUCAAAGUCAAGGCAUAACAAAAGGACCAUCUGUUGGACCUCUCUCAUUUGGGAUUUGUCCUCAAGUUGUUGUUGCCUUCAGCCCAGAGAAAGGUCGACACCUUGUGGCUGCAGAGAGAAUAGCAGCUGGGGGAGUGAUCCUUACUGAUAGGCCUUAUAGUUAUGUGCUCAUACCAGGGAUGAACGAGGUGAAGGGAGGAAGGCAGGAAGCAAAGAAUGCAGUAUUGUUUGAAACAGAGCAAAGGCGCUGUCACAGAUGUUUGACUGAAACACUGUGUCCUUUGCCAUGUGAGGGAUGUAGCUAUAGCCGUUACUGCUCAACUGGCUGUCAGCAAGAUGCCUGGGAGGAACAUCACUGCUGGGAGUGUCCAAUCGGAGCAGAUCUGAUGGCAAUGGGUGUGAUGUCACAGCUAGCCCUGAGGGUCACACUAAAGGCAGGGUUAAGAAACAUCCAAAUGGCUAAGAAGGCUGAGGAUGAGAACACAAAGUCUGGGUUAAACUGUUUAAACAGAGACUGCGGUGAGUCCAGUAAUUCUAAUCCACGUCAUACAAAUCAACCCGAUCCUACCAAUCCUACUUCAUACUGUGAUGACUCUUACAUGAAUGUGUUUCACUUGCUACACCACCUCAACCACCAUAGCCCUAGUAUGCGUUUCCUGUGGGCAGUAACUGUAGCAACACUGUACGUGAAGCUCAGCAAGGCAGGACCACCACCUGCAUGUUGGAACCUCAGUGAAUCCUUAAGGGCAACAGGCCAAUCACGAGACAGAGGAGAGGUGGAGGGCAUGAUCGCAGAUUGGAGCCCGGAGCUGUGGCCGCUGGGAAGUGCAGUUCUGAGGCACAUCCUGCAGCUGAGGUGUAAUGCCCAGGCAAUCCUCAUGCUACAAGAUACAGGAAAAGCAAAUUCGCCAGUGCAGUCCAGCCAGGAAAUACGCAUUGCUACAGCAAUAUUCCCAACUCUUAGUCUUCUGAAUCACUCCUGCUGUCCCAACACCAGCAUGGUUUUCAGCACUGGCGCUAGUGGUGACCUUCCUGGUUCAGACCUGUCUGCAGACUACAGUGAGGACGUAGUCGAGCACAGCGGCAAGGCCUGCGGAGUCACUGUAACUGUCAGAGCAGCCAAAGCUAUCACUCCUGGACAAGAGAUUCUGCACUGCUAUGGUCCUCACAGUGGUAGGAUGGUGACCCAACAGCGUAAGCGUCUCCUGCAGGAACAGUACUACUUUGUAUGUCAGUGUGAGGCCUGCAACCUGCCGGAGCAGCAGGAGGAGGACGGGCCAGAGGACAGACAGCAGUGGUCUGGACUCCUGUGUGUCAAGUGUAAAGCGUCUCUCAAAAAAUGCAGUAAGGACAGAGGAACAGGAUUUAUAUGUCUACAGCCCUCCUGUGGUCAUCAUAUGUCUUCCUCUGAAGUGAGUCAAACAUUGUAGGAGGUUAGGUUGGAGCUUGUGAAGGCCGUGGACCUCAUGGAGAGAGAGAGACCAGAUGAGGCUCUGACACUGUUGAAAAGGACUCGGCAUCAGUCUGGACUGGUCCUCACAGAGACACAUCCACUACAUGGAGAGCUGGCAGAUGCUAUGGCCAGAGCGUAUGCUACA